GCGGCGGCAUGGGGCGCGCGCGCGGCCCGCCGGCGGCAUGGCGGUGAGCUGCCCCGAGGUGAUGUACGGCGCCUACUACCCCUACCUGUACGGCCGCGGUGCCGCGCGCUCCUUCCACCACGCGCCGCAUUUUCAGUAUGAUCGGUUUAACGUGCAAAGCGGCGCGGGCAACGCCGGCAGCGAGGCGUACGGCGGCGGCGGCGGCGGNAGCUCGGGCUCGGCGUCGUCGGGCGCGCAGUCGCCGGGCUCGCCGCCGCACGCGCACGCCGCGCACGCGCCGCACGCGCGCCUGCGCGCCAAGGAGGAGGACCUCUCGCUGCACGGCCGCGCCAGCGCUGACGGCGGCGGCUCGUCGGAGUCGGAGGGCGAGUGCGGCGGCGCGGGCCGCGCGCGCGCGCAGUACGUCAGCGCCAACUGCGUGGUGUUCACGCACUACUCCGGCGACGUGGCCGCCGUCGUCGACGACCACUUCGCCCGGGCGCUGGCUCUCGACAAACCUAAGGAGAGCGUGCCGAUGGUGUCGCGCAACCUGCCGGCGUCGUUCUUCAACGCGGCGGCGGCGGCGGGCGUGGCGGCGGGCGGCGCCUGCGCCGGCGUCGACCUCUACGACUACGACCCCUGGCACCAGCAUUACUCUGGGUACGGGCACGCGGCGCACCGGCACGCGGCGGAGUACCACGCGGCGGCGGCGGCGACGGCGCACCACAACAUGGCGGCGGCGGGCUACGGCGUGGGCGGGCUGCUGCUGGGCCGCUCGCCGCUGCACCAGUACAAGCCCGUGGAGUGGCCGGCGCAGCACGCGCCGCACCUCGACCCCGCCGCCUGCUCGCCCUACUACCCUCCGGUGCCCGGUCAGUAUGCACUCCGCGUCUCCGCGUCACCGAGCCGUUGA